CACAGGGCUGAUGGGGGAAGAGGGUGAAAGGCUGCAGGGCCGCCUUGUAAGGACGUGAUGGUGCGACUGCGCAGGGAGGACUCGGAAACCCGGGCCUGUUUUGGGUGUAAAGGCAACAAAGAGAUGAGGUGUGGUUUUGCACGAGGAGUUUUACUUUCACUCUCAGAACGCUGGGAGCAUAGAUGGUUGUGAAAAAAGGAGGGACAUUUUCUGAUGCAGGAUUCUAAUUUUUCCUGACAUUGCUCAGAGGAAGGACAGACUAGAAGACAGAGGACAGCAGCUGUGGACAGGAAGGGGAAGUCCUGUAAAUGAUAAGGGAACUGGCAGAGUGAGCCCUGAGGACUGAGCCCUGAGAUAACACAGGCAUCUGGAGGGCACCUGGACUCGGCUGGGCAAGGGCACUGAGCAGCCUGAGCCCAUAGAGCCUGGUGGUUGCUCGGCUCUCAACAGACCAUUUUCUUUCCACAAAAUCCUGCAAAUGCAGAAUCGAUUAGGUGUACGGGUUUGUGGAACUUGUGACCUCUGAGAUUGUACAGUCCUGGGAUUGUCAGCCGCUCUUGUAGCCCUUGGACCUGCGGACUUUGAACAGACACUAAGCCCUGACAUCUGAGGCCAGGAGUAGGGCUUCAUGACGUGGACCUUGUUCCUGGCAACCAGCGUAAUGAGUGCGAGGUCCUCCAGACAUAGGGUCCAGAAUGUGCAAAGGCAAGCAGUGAAGAGUGAGCUGAUUCAGGAACCUGCAGGAUAUGAACUUUGAGGACGUGGCCAUUGCCUUCUCUCAGGAGGAGUGGGGGCUCCUUGAUGAGGCUCAGAGACGUCUGUACUGCGAUGUGAUGCUGGAAGUGUUUGCCCUUGUAUCAUCUCUAGGUUGUUGGCAUAAAAUGGAAGAUGAGGAGGCCUGUUCAAUUCAGAGUUUAUCUAUACAAGGAGAGUCAAAGGUCAGGGCUUCUAAGACAGCUCCAGCCACCCAGAAGAUUCCUCUGUGUAAGCGGUGUUUCUUUGUGUUAAAAGAUAUUUUGCACCUGACUGGGUCACAUGCAGCAUACUUUGAGCAGAAAGCCUUCUGUACUGAUGUAUGUGUUGGAGACUUCUGUUUCAGUGCAAACCCUCACCAGCAACAGAGGAAUGAAUGUGGAGAGGAGCCCUGGAAAGAAGCUAUGGACAGGGCCUCCUUUGUAAGCAGGUGCAGCUUCUCCUUAACUUCACUGCCUUCAGCCAGCAGGGAGGUUGGGGAAGACUUGCAGUAUAACUCAGAGCUUCCCCAGCACCAGGCCACUCUCAACACUGAGGAGCUCCACUGUGGCAGUGAGAUUUCACAGGAAUUGCUUGAUGCAAGAAGUCAUCACCAGUGGGGUGAAUGUGAAAACGCUGCCAGCCACAACCUGAAAGUUGUUCACUGCCAGGGUGUGUGUUCUGGGGAACUGAUUUAUGAGUGUAGCAAAUGUAGGAAAGUGUUUAGACGAAACUUGAACGUCAUUCGACAUAAGAGCGUUCACACUGAAGAAAAGCGAUAUGGGUGUAAUGAAUGUGGGAAGUUCUUCAGAAAAAGACCCGCACUCAUUAAACACCAGAGAGUUCACACUGGAGGGAAGCCAUAUGAGUGCAGACAUUGUAGGAAGUUUUUCAGUUAUGAGUUUACCCUCAAACAACACAACAAAGUUCACAUAGGAGAAAGGCCAUAUAAGUGUAGAGAAUGUGGGAUAUCCUUUCGUCAAAGGCCUCACCUCAAUGUACACCUCAGAGUUCACACUGGAGAGAAGCCAUAUGAGUGUACAGAAUGUGGAAAGUCCUUUUGUCUAAGGGCUAACCUCGCUAGACACCUCAGAGUUCACACUGGAGAGAAGCUGUAUGAGUGUAGAGAAUGUGGGAUGUCCUUUCCUCGAAGGUAUCACCUCACUGGGCACCUCAAAGUUCACACUGGAGGGAAGCCAUAUCCAUAUGAGUGUAGAGAAUGUGGGAUGUCCUUUCGUCUAAGGGCUCACCUCACUGUACACCUCAGAGUUCACACUGGAGAGAAUCCGUAUGCGUGUAGAGAAUGUGGGAUGUCCUUUUGUGAAAGGGAUCACCUCAUUGAACACCAGACUGUUCACACUGGAGAGAAGCCAUAUGAGUGUAGAGAAUGUGGGAUGUCCUUUCGUCGAAGGGCUCAUCUCACUGAUCACCUCAGAGUUCACAAUGGAGGGAAGCCGUAUGAAUGUACUGAAUGUGGGAAGUCUUUUACCCAAAAAAAUAGUCUUAUUAAACAUCUGAGAGUUCACACUGGAGAGAAGUUUUAAAUGUGUGGGGAAUGUUUUAUUUUAUUCACUUAGAAUAACAACAGUGAUGAUGACUCUUUGGGACCUAUUUUCCUGAAUUUAAACCCCUUUUUAAUGGAAAAUACACUCUGCUAGAUUCCUCCUAAGUUUCUGGUACAAGUGAGGCUUGACGGAGGUGCAUUGCACUUGGUAAGAUGCCCAGAACUAAUACCUGAUUGAUUUGAGGCUGAAGAGAUUUUGAGAAAGCUAAACCCUAUUUUGUAAAACUACUGUUUGGAAUUCUCUGCCAUUCUUUAGAUGGUCUCUUAUUCUAAAAAAAAUAACCUUGCUUUCUAGCCUGCUUUAGCCUGCUUGAAUAAUGAGGAAGAUAAACUUAG